CCCCCACACCCCCUGUUGUUUUCCUUCCUUUUAGGAAGGGCAGUGAGUGUUUACCAGAGGGGUCACAGGUGCCGGGCCCGAGGGAACGCCCUGGAAACCUCCAGAGACUCCCCGCCCUCGCAGCGCGCCCCUCGCGGCGCCGCUCCCAAACUAGCGAGGAAGCCUCGCCUCGAGUUAAAACAGCUGAUUUAACUUAAACUUAAUUGAAUUGAACUAAAUGAAAUUAAACCGGGGGUCUGUUCCCGCCGCGGCGCGAGCGCCUCUUCUCGCGAGAGGUCGCCCCCGGCAACGCCACGGCCACGGCUCUGAGGCGGCCGGCUCUGAGGCGGCGUUCUGCCUGCAGAACGUUACCAUAACAGAUGACUCUAAAGAUGAUUAUCAAUGUGAAGAGGUUUCUGCAGAUGAUGAAUUUAGUCUUCAGGAGGAGGAGGAGGAGGAGGAGGAUCUGUCCAAGGCUUUACAGGCUAUUCAAGAGCAGGCUGAAGAUGCUGAAAUUUUAACUUCACAAUCAGUUCUGACUUCGGAGAAAUCAGUGUGUGAAGUACCUGAAGCAAUGGAUGAUUUCUUCUGCAAUUUCCUGGUCAGAUUGGGAAUGUCCAGAACCCUUAACUGCUUCCAAACUGAAUGGUAUGAACUCACAGAGAGGGGUGUGCUCACAGUCAAAGAUGCUGGGUUGGUUCCAACUGUGUACACCCACAACCAGCAACUGCAGGCUGAGAAUAUGAGUUUGAAGAAAGAUUUGGAAAACUACAAACUUGCUACCAAAGAUCUGAAG